UCCGCAUUUGCAAAACGACUUGUCACAAGAAAAAGGUUUUGACGGAAACGAGCAGUGUUAUUCCAUUGUUUGUGUUCUUGUACGUUCAUUAACUGUCUUCGUGGAAAGUACUUACGUAACGUCGAAAUGUCUUGCGAAAAUGUUAUCGCUGUCACAUGAAGUAAUUGCCUCGAGUCCCGCUUCGUUUUCCCGCUGUGCUAGUUUGUUUUGUCGCAGAUGAGUUGUUCGGUCAGACCGGGGGCCAUUUGCCACUGCGCUUCCUGGCGUCGCUCAGAGCCUCAGAAUUACCGGCUUGAACAGAAAUGGGUCAAAUUUGGGCGUGUUGUCUGGUGGUACUUAUGCUGUGCACGAAAUUCGAGGGUGAUGGUGCGAGGAUCCUCGGCAUCUUCCCCUCUCCCUCCUUCAGCCACCAGCUCGUCUUUCAGACCAUAAUGAAGGCCCUGGCAGCUCGUGGUCAUCAUGUGACUGUAAUUAGCACGGAUCCACUCAAGGAACGCGUCGGCAACUACACAGACGUUGACCUGUCGUUCAUGUACGACUAUGUGAGGGAGAGGUUUAACUUCACGGAUUAUCACGACCUCACUGCUUUCGGCUCUGUGCUGUGGUUCUCCCUACAAGUCGGAAUUGGGUGCAACAUGGAGCUCAGUUCGCCCGCAGUGCAGGACUUCAUAAGGUGUCACCCGAGCACCAACACGAGUUUCGAUCUGGUUUUCAUGGAAAUGAGCCGGUACCAGUGUUACUACGGCCUGAUCCACCACGUCGGGUCUCCCCCAGUGAUUGGCAUCCGGUCCAUUGGCGUCACUGCUGCCACUCUGGCCGCCGUUGGGAGUCCCAACAAUCCUGCGUACUUUCCAGACUCGUACCUUCCAUACACCGGUCACAUGACGUUUUUCCAGCGUCUGUGUAACACUGCCUUCUACGUCUGGAACAGCGUUCUAUGGCACGCGAUUGUUCUACCGAUAAAUGAGUUGGUCAUGCGCUAUCACUUCGGCCGUGGUCCUCCGUCAGUCUGGGAGGCCGAGAAAAACGUCAGCCUCGUGAUGGUGAACAGCCACUGGAGUCAGAGCUACCCGCUGCCCCUUCUUCCCGCGGUCAUACAACUCGGAAACAUCCACAUCCAGGAGAAGCCGAAACAACUUCCUCAGGACCUGCAGGAGUUCCUGGACGGAGCUGCGAAGGGGGCAGUCUACUUCAGCCUGGGCAGCAAUGUGAGAAGCGAGACGAUGUCGCCAGAGAAGAGGCGGGUGUUCCUGUCUGCCUUUGCGGAUGUACCCCAACGCGUCCUGUGGAAGUGGGAGGCGAACGACACGUCGGAUGUGCCCGAUAACGUGAAGCUAGCGAAGUGGCUGCCUCAACAAGACGUUCUGGCUCAUCCGAACGUGAGGCUGUUCAUAACACAGGGCGGCCUGCAGAGUUUCCAAGAAGCCACGUAUUACGCGGUGCCUCUGAUAGGAAUACCCUUCAUCGCCGACCAGCAACACAAUGUUCGCAAAAUGGUGGACGCUGGCGUCGGGCUGCAACUGGACUAUGCCACCCUUUCCAAGGAUGGGCUGGUGACAGCCACCAGGAAGGUUCUCCAUGAUCCCACUUUCAGAGAAAAUAUGCUGAAGUUUUCAACCGUGGCAAAGGAUAGGCCAGACAAACCAUUAGACAGCGCAGUCUGGUGGGCGGAGUAUGUACUUCGACAUAAUGGCGCCCGUCACCUUCGGUCAGCUGCGUUAGACUUGACUUGGUACCAAUAUUUCUUGCUGGAUGUCAUGGCAACCGCGUUGUUCGUCCUUCUGCUAGCCUCGUAUCUAACCUACGUGAUCGUGCGCUGGACAUUCCACCGCCUUGUAGGUCGCUGUUCGAGUGCAGCCAGACAUGACGUUAAUGAAAACUGCGUGGUUACUAAGAAAUUACGCUAGUUUUGUUGUGCGAUGGUUUAAGAAUUCUGUUCUUACGGAAACUGAUGGGAACAAUUUUUACGAUCGGCCCUCAUCGACAUUCCAACAUAAAAAUCUCUUGGCACUGUUCAGAAAGAUGGAACGUGCGUUCUUCGUAGUAUCGUGUAUCCCUCGGGCCAGUGUUUUAAACGAUAACGGACGAAAUGAACACGUUAAUUUUUCAUAGCGAAUUUAGUAAUCAGUGCAAAGUGAAUCUCCAAAUGUCUCUGUGUUCGUGAGAAACAAUGAAACACGAGGUAUCCUACACAAGAGACGUGCUAACUUUUGGAAAACCAGACGUAAACAAUGUUAUUUGAAAGGAGUUGUUCACGAGAACCAUGAUUUUACAUUUAAUAUCCAUAAAAAUUAAUUUUAUUUUUCAUGCGUGUUUUGAAACUAAUUAAAAUAAUUAGUCAGGUCUAUUUCGUCUGUGUAUCCGCCCUUAAAUAACGGAACCAGAGGACUAGUUGGUGCUUGUGGUCGGUAGAGAGCAUUUGUGUCCUACAUUAAACGUCGGCUGAAUAUUUUAACCUUGGUUGAGAUUAAGGACUGGUUUAUGUAAAAAUGCCGAUGAACGCUUCGUGCAUGUUCUGAUUUCGUUGAUGUACAGAUGUGUUAAGUCUUGACAGUGCACGACUAUUACUGUGUGUGGGAGACUGAUUGUUUUAUCAGUCUAAAGACUGCAUUUGUACUCAAACAGCAUUUUCGACUCAUCUCGCCGAGUAUUCGGAUUUGAAAGAGCCCAGGUCUAUACGGAGGACUCGCUGAUUUUGAUAAAGUCACUAACGUGAGAAUGGCUAAUACAUGGGGUCUAUUGAAAA